AUGGCCGAUGUGAAGGCCAACUAUCUCCCCCAGUAUGCCUCGUACAACUGGACCGGCGCCCCCUCCGACGCGGAACAACUCAUGACCAAUGAACUCGGUGGAAACUCCCGACUCGAAAACUUGAACAAAUGGUUCCAGCCCGGCGACCAGGCAUACAUCAUCGUCUCCUCCGCCAUGGUCAUGGUCAUGAUCCCCGGUCUCGGUUUCCUCUACUCCGGUCUCGCCCGACGCAAGUCCGCCCUCAGUAUGAUCUGGGCCUGUAUGGCCUCCUGGUCCGUCAUCACUUUCCAAUGGUACUUUUGGGGUUAUUCUCUGGCCUUCUCUCCCUCCGCAACCAAUGGUUUCAUUGGCAACCUCCGCAAUUUCGGCCUGAUGAAGACGCUGGGUGAGCCCAGUCCGGGCUCUCCCUUGAUUCCGCACCUCCUCUUCGCUUUCUACGAGAUGCAAUUCUGUGGUGUCACAGCCGCCAUUGUCAUGGGCUCCGUCGCCGAGCGCGGUCGUCUCCUUCCCGCCAUGGUCUUCACCUUCAUCUGGGCCACCAUCGUCUACUGCCCCCUCGCCUGCUGGACCUGGAAUAGCAACGGCUGGGCCUACAAGUACGGUGUCCUCGACUAUGCCGGCGGUGGUCCCGUCGAGAUUGGUUCCGGUUUGACCGCUCUCGCCUACUCGCUCGUCCUCGGUCGUCGCCAGGAACGCAUGAUGCUCAACUUCCGCCCCCACAACGUCUCGCUCAUCCUCCUCGGUACCGUCUUCCUCUGGUUUGGAUGGUUGGGAUUCAACGGUGGUUCCUCCUUUGGUGCCAACAUCCGUGCCACGAUGGCUUGCUGGAACACCAACCUGACUGCCUCCUUCGCCGCCAUCACCUGGGUUCUGCUCGACUGGCGCCUCGCUCGCAAGUGGUCGAUGGUCGGUUGGUGUUCCGGAACGAUCUCCGGUCUGGUGGCGGCCACUCCCGCCUCUGGUUUCCUGACUCCCUGGGCCAGCGUGAUUCUCGGUGUGGUCACUGGUAUCGUGUGUAACUAUGCCACCAAAGUGAAGUACUGGAUCCGCAUCGACGACUCGAUGGAUGUGUUGCCUUCAUCGUCGCCUGCUCCGCCUACUCGUUCGUGGUCUCCGCCAUCAUCGCCUAUGCCGUCAACGCCAUUCCCGGCCUGA